GGUGCUGGUGACCAGCGUAGCGAGAUUGAGGUGAUGCGUGGAAAGGCGGCAAAUGAAUCGAGAAAUCUGGAGCAGCGUAAGGCCGCCAUUGACGCGGAGCUGGCAGAAAUUGAGCCCAUGGUACGUGAAGCUCGUGCCGCCGUUGGCUCGAUCCGUUCAGAGUCGCUUUCCGAGAUCCGAGCACUGCGUGCACCGCCCGACGUCAUUCGUGACAUCCUCGAGGGCGUACUGCUGUUGAUGGGCAUUCGUGACGUCUCUUGGGUCAGCAUGCGAGGAUUUCUCGCCAAGCGUGGAGUUCAAGAGGAAAUAAGAAAUUUCGACGCUCGAAGAAUUGCGCCAGAACUGCGUGCAAGUGUUGAACAACUGUUGGUCAAGCAUGCAGAAUCAUUCGAUCCCAAAGUGGCUCGGCGUGCCUUUGUGGCCGCGGCCCCGUUGGCGACUUGGGUGCGCGCCAACGUGCGCUAUGCCAGUGUUCUGGAGCGCAUUGCGCCACUCGAGCGUGAACAAGAGGGCCUUGGUCGUUCACUGGCUCAGGCAGAAUCGGCCGUCGAUCGUCUGGCUCGUGGGCUGACCGACGUCGACUCGAGAAUCGCAGAGUUGCGCGCCACCUUCGAACGACACACAGCCGAGGCGGCCAGACUUCGUCUGCAGUUGGACAAAGCACACGACACUCUCAGAUCGGCCGAAGCCCUUAUCGGCCAGUUAAACGAUGAACAGGCCAGAUGGCAGAAACAGGUGAAUUGUCUUAACAGAAAUCUGACCAACAGGUUCUGCGUGUUGAACCCUCCCUUUCAAAAGGGUAUCCUCAUCCUUGGAACUCGCGUCAGCCCUGUGCCCCAGAUACACUCGUCGCGGUGUGACAUGGUGCUGCGACAACUCAGUGGCCGUUUGUCAAAUCUACCGGUGCUCUCUUUGAUCGCAGCCGCAUUUAUCACCUACCUUUCCGCCAGCCCCGAAGACAUGAGAGCCAGUCAGUUGGUCACUUGGUCUAAACAGCUUGCGGAGCUCGGCUUGGACGUGGCCCAGUUGGACGCUGAUCUCAGCCUCGACUCCACACCUCCAGCCACCCUCACUGUGGAGAGUCAAGAAGCGGCGAAUGCAGACUCAAGCAGGGUUGGGUUCGAUCUUUGUGCCUUUUUGAGCACAGAGCAAGAGCAGUUGAGGCGUCGUAAUCAAGGCCUGCCCUCCGAUCAACUGUCCAACGAGAAUGCACUUAUCAUUCUCCAUGUGGGUUAUGGGCUUAAUGAUAUCUGGAGUCCAAGCCCCUUUUUAUCUAUGACUGCUCCAGUAAUCCUAUCUAAUGUUGGUUUGACCUCGUUUUCGCAACUUGAUCGCAGCGACAGGGAGACCUUGUGGAACAUAUCUAAUCCAGCGUCCUCUGUCAUAGUAACUACCCUCUGCCCCUUGCUUGUGGAUCCCUCUUCUCGUGCUAUAAAGUGGCUACAACGCCAUCUGAAGGGCUCCCGACUCGAGGUGAUCAAUCAGCAGGUAGCUCUUGACCGUCAACCUUUAACAGCUCACCCAGAUACUCCUAGUGUCUGCCAUUCAGCCCUCUUAAUCUUCGCAUUAGUUUGCCAUUCGACCUUGUUGACACGAUAA